GGGGNGAGAAGGAGGCAUGGAUGGGGGAAGGGAGGUUAGAAGGAGUGCAAGACUAAACUAAGUCGCCACAGAUGGAAUUUGAGAGGGAAAGAGGGAGGAAAUGAAGAUGGAUGAAUGCCUUUUUUGCGCAUGCGUUUUUCAAUGCUCUCCUAACUUCUGUCUGUUCAAGUAAAAAUAAGUGGGAUUUUAUUCCGGGAUUUGAUGUAAACUGUAAUGGGCACCAUGUGGUUGAUUCUACCCUUGCGCCAUUUAGCCAUGUGAUAAAUCACUUAUUGACCACCAGGACGCUCUUGUUCAUGGAAAUAUUGGCGCCGCACGGAAAAAGUAGGGUUUGCCAAUAUCGUGCGGCUUAAAUCAACAAUGACUUGUAUUUACAGAGAUAACUGAACUUUGUUUACUUUGCUCGCUUUAAUUUCUUUGUUUUAAAAUGAAUUCGAGAUCAAUAUUAAAUUGAGAAAAAUUCGUUCUAUUUCGAAUGUCAAGUGUGCGGUUGUUAUUUACCUAAUCGGCGUUUCACGUGAAGUUACACACUAGACCGAGAAGUCCGAGUGUUACUUCGUUUUUACAUGUUAACCUUGACUGACUUCGAAAUGGAAGAAAAGAAUUACCGUCACAAAGGUCGAUAAAUAAUACCUUACCCAGUCAAACGUGGCUUAAUUCAUGUCUGGGCUCGAUCCUGUUCUGUUUAUAACCAUGAUAAUGGCUCUGUCUUCACUUCGGUUCAUUUGCUUUUCAAGAGCAAUAUCAAUAUGCCUCCUCCAUAAGACAUUAAUGUGACAUUGGACUGAGGCUUGGUUUGUUAACUUUUGUGCCAGUGUUUAUAUGUAAUUUCAUUUGGUGCCACGAUGCGCAACUCCGUACUUGGCUGAGCACAAAGCUAACCUAAUCCAAGGCUUUUGAAAUCGUUGUUUGUUAUUCCAUUCAGCAGAAGGGUAAUUAGACUGUGAUUAUUGAGUGGCUUUUGUUCCCAGGGGAGUCUGAAUGACUUGUGUAUGAGGUCAAUACCAUAUCAUUAUAAACUGUCUGUUGCCAUUGAAAACAAAGAUUUCGCUUAUUGACUCCUAGUGAUAUUUUAGUCAAGGAAUGAAAUUUUCACCUUGAGCCACCGUUAGGUUCUGGCUUUGUCCGACACAAGGACGUCUUUAACGGACAAGUGGGGGAAAAAGGAUCGGAAAAUGCGAUUGUCGUCAGGAGAUUCUUAGAGACAUCAUCUUACAUUUGAUCAUUCUUGAUUACACCUUUUGUCGAUGUUUUUAUGAACGAUGUCUUUGUCUUGUCUUCACCAAGCCGUGUGCUCAGGAAGGCUUCACCAGAUUCGUCUGUUGUUGGAUAUUGGUGUUAAUCCAAAAAUAGUCGAUGACCAAGGUCGUACUCCGCUUAUGAUGGCUGCUUGCGCAUCCAAAGACACCUUAGCUACGCGGAUUGCUCGACUCUUGUUAAGCCGCGACGCCGGCGUGGAGUGUGUGGAUCACCAGGGAAGGACAGCCUUGUCUUAUGCUUGUCAGCAUGGCCAUUGUAAGCUUGUUAAACUACUAAUAGAUGAUGACUGUGACGUCAACAAGGCUGAUAAAGAAGGCAAUACUCCACUUAUGUAUGCCGCCAUGUCAGGCAAUGUACCUACUCUGCGUGAAAUAUUGCAUGUGUUGCUUAAAUACAGGCUCAGUGUGGACCUGAGAAACAAGAAAGGCUUCUCGGCUUAUUUAUUAGCUGCCAAAAUGGCUAAUGGCGAAUGCGCUACAAUUCUUAAAACAGAGGCCAACGCUUCAGACUGUGUUCGAGACACGGAGUUUUUCUUAAGCGACAAAGAAUGGGCGAAGAAAACGAAAAGAAACCUGGACAAAGAGAAAAUCGAAAAGAACGCUCAGAAGAUGGAGGAUCGAAUUCGUCCAAAGACCUCGCUAGAACUGGGUCACGCCAGUAAGGUGUCUACUUCCCCGCGCGUGGAUGCGCGAGCCAUUUCGCGACUGACAACUCGCAGUGAACCCGCGGUGACUCGAAAGAUCGGACUGGCGAAAAUGUGGACUCCUUCUCACCCCGAGCUUGACGCUGAUAACCAGCUGGAAAACACACGCGUCACUAGCGCUUCCUCUGCCUAUAGCAGCAGACAGAGUAGUAUUCCUGCAGUGGCUCGAACGCUCACACCAGACCUACACGCCAUCUUUAGUCAGUACGUUCUGUUUGACAACAGACCGGCGGUUACUGUAGCUGAUCGCAGACCUCAGCUCGCCACAUCGUCUCGCAAGUAUUCAGAGUUCCCCAGCAGACCUUUGCUAAGAGAGGCUAGAAAUUCUCGUCUAGGAGCUAUGAAUCGGAAAAAAGUUUCUCUAAUCAGAUAAAAAAAAAGCAAAAUUAAAAAAAAAAUAGGAUGAGGAUGAGCAGGGUUGCAGUGUCCAGUAAAACGGGUCAAUAUGGGUCACUGCCGAGCUGAAUCAAGGUUUCUGGAAUAGAU